CGUGGCGGGGCUGCCGUGGCUCCCUCUCCCCUCAGCCGCCUCCCUCCUUCCCUUCUUCCCUCCUUCCCUUCUUUCUUCCUUCCCUCCCUCCCUCCGUCCCUCCCUCCCUCCGGGCCGCGGCUCCUCCCUGCACCACCUUUGGCCGAGUCGCGGGAGUGCGCAGACGGCACAGCUCCUCGGCGGCAGCGGCUUCAUCCGCGCCGAGCAUCAGUCGGGAAGGCGCGUCCUCCUCCCCUGCCUCCUCUUCUCGCUGCCCCGAGAGCCAGUGCCAUGGAGCUGCCCGAGAGCCAGUGCAAGAAAGUCAAGCUGAGCAACAGGGUGCCGAGCUGGGGAAUGCAAAGGGCAACCAAUGUUACCUACCAAGCUCAUCAUGUCAGCAGGAAUAAGAGAGGCCAAGUCGUAGGAACAAGAAGUGGUUUUCGUGGCUGCACAGUCUGGUUAACAGGACUAUCUGGUGCUGGGAAGACUACAGUGAGCAUGGCACUGGAGGAAUAUUUAGUAUGCCAUGGUAUUCCAUGCUACACAUUGGAUGGUGACAAUAUCCGCCAAGGCCUUAAUAAGAAUCUGGGUUUCACACCAGAAGAUAGAGAAGAAAAUGUGCGUCGUAUUGCUGAAGUUGCUAAAUUGUUUGCAGAUGCUGGCUUGGUGUGCAUUACUAGUUUCAUCUCUCCUUAUGCUCAGGAUCGUAAUAAUGCCAGACGAAUUCAUGAAGGGGCAAGUUUGCCUUUUUUUGAAGUAUUUGUGGAUGCUCCAUUGCAUGUUUGUGAGCAGAGAGAUGUUAAAGGACUCUAUAAGAAAGCCAGGGCUGGAGAAAUUAAAGGUUUUACUGGGAUUGACUCCGAGUAUGAAAAACCAGAAGCCCCAGAGCUUGUGCUGAAAACUGAUUCCUGUGAUGUAAAUGAUUGUAUACAACAAGUUGUGGAACUUCUUCAAGAGAGGGACAUUGUACCAGUGGAUGCCUCUUACGAGGUAAAAGAGCUUUAUGUGCCAGAAAACAAGCUACAGUUGGCCAAAACUGAUGCUGAAUCUCUGUUAACCCUCGAAAUAAAUAAGGUGGAUAUGCAGUGGGUACAAGUGCUAGCAGAAGGUUGGGCAACACCCCUGAAUGGCUUUAUGAGAGAGAGAGAAUACCUCCAGUGCCUUCACUUUGACUGUCUCCUUGAUGGGGGAGUUAUUAAUCUGUCAGUGCCUAUAGUGCUAACAGCUACUCAGGAAGACAAAGAGAGGCUCGAUGGCUGCACAGCAAUUGCACUGGUGUAUGAAGGUCGCCGCGUUGCCAUUCUCCGUAAUCCUGAAUUCUAUGAGCACAGGAAAGAGGAACGCUGUGCUAGGCAGUGGGGAACGACAUGCAAGGAACAUCCCUAUAUCAAGAUGGUUAUGGAGCAAGGGAACUGGCUUGUAGGUGGAGAUCUACAGGUCCUUGAUCGUAUUUAUUGGAAUGAUGGACUUGAUCAAUACCGCCUCAGUCCAGCUGAACUAAGGCAAAAAUUCAAGGAAAUGAAUGCUGAUGCUGUGUUUGCAUUCCAGUUACGCAACCCGGUGCACAACGGGCACGCUCUUUUAAUGCAGGAUACUCAUAAGCAGCUUCUGGAACGUGGCUACCGGCGCCCAGUUUUGCUCUUGCACCCCCUUGGAGGCUGGACAAAGGAGGAUGAUGUUCCUCUUAUGUGGCGCAUGAAGCAGCAUGCCGCGGUACUGGAGGAGGGAAUCCUGAACCCAGAAACAACAGUGGUAGCUAUAUUCCCUUCCCCCAUGAUGUAUGCAGGACCAACUGAGGUUCAGUGGCACUGCAGAUCCCGGAUGGUUGCAGGAGCUAACUUCUACAUUGUAGGGCGAGAUCCCGCAGGGAUGCCCCACCCUGACACUGGGAAAGAUCUGUAUGAACCAACCCACGGUGCCAAAGUGCUCACAAUGGCUCCAGGCCUCCGAGCACUGGAAAUUGUACCCUUCAGGGUUGCAGCCUAUAAUAAAAAAAAGAAGUGCAUGGAUUAUUAUGACUCUGAUCACCAUGAAGACUUUGAUUUUAUAUCGGGGACCCGCAUGCGCAGGCUGGCUCGAGAAGGACAAAACCCACCAGAAGGCUUCAUGGCUCCCAAGGCUUGGACUGUGCUGACAGAAUACUACAAAUCCUUGGAGAAGGCUUAGGCCUCUUAUUAACUGCAGAUCAACCUUUGACGCCUGAUUUAUUUACGAGAAGGGGACCACACAGUCACCAUUCAUGUUGCUUUGUUGUGGUGUCUGUCAGGAAGUUCUCUGAAAACAGACUCUUUCUUCCUAACUUAGCAUCAUUCUUUGCCUGCCCUUAUGGGUUCCAUUAUGUCCUGGCACCUAACUAGCUGCUGGUUUUAAUGUCUUCUCUUUUAUUACAGUUAAUAUGCUUGCAGUAGAAUUUUUAACUCCUGUAUUUUUUUUUAUAUUUUACUGCCUCUGUCCUGAGUUCUGCAGCUGUUAAAUAGAUGCAGCUUUUUCAUAUUUUAUUUAAGCUGCUGGGUAGUGUCUGAUUUUUGUAGUUUGUAGGAGAAAAUGUAAGAGUUAAUCCCUUAACUAUGGAUAGAUUAUCUAUAAAUCAAAAAAGUGAAGAAUGUUUCAAAAUAUCUGUUAAAGUGUCUUCAUCUUUGUCUCAUCAUUAUCAUCUCCAGAAGCACUUAAAAUUUAUUUCUUACUAAAUGUAAUCAAAGAGCAGAGGGGGUUUUUUAUGUAGCAUAAUUAAAAUUUUGCUUUCUUUGUUUAAUUUCGGAGUUCAUUGAGUUGUAAGUUGAUUCUCCUCUGCUGUGGACCUGUAAAGAUGGCCAAAUAAUGAAUAAAAGAAAAUAUCUAGUUUUUACUUUGAAUUGUUAACAAAUUCAUGUAUUGUUUUUGUAUAUGCUUGCUGCCAUAGGUGUCAGUUGGGUAUGUUUUAUUUCAUUUGAUGUAACUUACUGUUUUUUUGUUCCAGAUAUACUUAAUCAACCUACUACAACUUUUUUAAAAGCAUGAUAGCCCAAACUUAAUUUUAUGUUUAAUUAUUGCAAGAAAAAUAAAGAAAAUCCUUAGAUUUUGGCA